AUGCUGACCGCUUACCACGGCGGAACCCGCCUGGAGUGCGAAAAGCAUGGAGAAGAUGCUGGACAGCCUGUGUACUGCGUGCAGGAUCCCCUGCAAGCGCUGGAGUGCACAUUGUGGGAGGACGCGCUGCGGGCUCUGUCUAGCCACUACGGCCUGGAUGACUUGGAUGCUCCCAGCUUCUUGCAGGACCUCAUGGCCCACGCUGCGGGGGUCGAACAUGUUGCGCGGUUUGCUGUGGGGCUUGGCCGUGGAGGAGAUCAGCAGGUGGAUCUCUUCGACCUUGCGCCUGCCAUUACUGCGGACGGAGUGUGCGGCUUGUACAAGAACACGGGCAUCAACAUGUUUAGCAGCAGCCCCGGAUUGCCAUGUGUCUGCUGCUCGAUGUUGUCGCGGGACAAGGUUGGGCAGAUGAUUGCCAGCCACAAUGGCAAGGCCAAGGUCAUUGAUCAGGCUUGCGUGGUCUUCAAGGCAGAGAGCGACGCGGAUGCCAAAGUUCCAGCCGGAAUAGACGGCUUGGAGGUGACCAUCAAAGCCAGCUGCGCAGCCUGCCUGGAAAAGAUCACAUUGCAGCAGGCUGGCGCACCUGAAACGGUGCGGGUUGCUCUCCGCAUGCGCAAGGGCGAGUGCGGCAAGGCCCUGGUGGAGUGUCAGGCUGAUGGCUCGCAGCCUUUUCAGAUCCACGCAGUCAAGGAGGUUGCAGCGGAGCUCUACUGCAAGGCGUUCAAGUACACAGCCGACCAAUACAAGGGACACCUGGAGCAAAGUGUGGCUGUUGAGGCCUGCAAGGAUCAUCAAGCAGAGGUGGCGUCUUUGUUGACGGACACGCGCCCUGCCAAGCGCUUGAGGAUGAACAAGACCAUGGACGGGGACCAGCUUUGA